ACGUAACCGCUGACCAUCACUCCGCAACUUCAACAACGGCACUUUUCCUCCAUUAUUAUCAUUGCUAAAGCCGACGCGAAGCAGUCAUGGCAGACGCCUUUAACCUGGAGCGCGGGAUCACUCCGCAGUCAGCGGGCACGGACAACGGGUGGUUCACGGAGGGGGAUACUAAUGCGGCCGAUUCUGGUCCGGCUGUCGUAGCCGAGAUGGAGGCCGUGCUGGCUCAAACGCCGGAUGCCAUCUCACUAUACAAGUCGGAGCUGGAGAAGUUGUUGCUGGCCUUUGUCAAGUCUCAGGAGAGCGAGCAGCGACUGGUACACCGCACCAAGGAGAUUAUAGCGGAGAUCCGCUCUAGCCACGAGGCCAUGGUGCGUGACCAGGAGGAGGAGAGCGAGGCAUUGGCACAAAAGAAGAAGGCCAAGAUGGAGCUGGAUGCUGUAGUGCAGCAGAUCGCUUCGACGAGACAGACGGAGCUAGAAAAACAACAGAAGGUCAAUGGCCUUCGAAGCAAACUGGAGGCAUUGCAGGAAGAAGUCUCCAAGAUGGCCAUGCCGUCAAAUGGCGGUGACAUCAUGCUGAAUGAAGAGCAGGAGCUUCAGAUUUCCACCCUCAAGAACAAGCGUGCCGAAUGUGCGCGUGACGUUGAGGCAAAGACGAUAUCAUUGCAGGAUCUACGACAGGAGACUAGCAACUUGUUCUCGCUGGUACAAGAAGAGGAGGCCAAGAACGCCAGACUCGAAGAGAUUCAAGCUAACGUGAUGCUUCAGAUUCAGGAGAAGCAGAGUCUUACAGAGAGGGAAGUACGGCGCAAAACGAGGCUGGAAAAGGAGCUUAAGGUACUCAAACAAGCCCACGAACGACAACAGCUUGAAAUUUCUGAACUGGAAACACUCAAAAAGGAGAACGAAGAGAAUCUACGCAAGAAGGAGCUGGCGAUGCGCGAGUCCAAACAGAAGAUGGAGAAGUACUUGAAACAGUACGACGGACUAUUCCGAACGACCCAUUCCUUGACAGAGGCGAUGCAAUUGCAGUGGCAGAAGAACGUUGAGUUACACAAGGAGAACGUACUGGUUGAACACGAGUUGGACGUUAAGGAGCAGCAAAUCCAGACGAUCACACGCGACGCGGUGAAAACUGACAAGCUCAUGGAGAUUGCCAGAGAGCAGCUACAAGAUGUCGAAGGCAAGCGCUCCGACUGUGAAACAGAAAAGGAAAAACUCAAGCUGGAACUUGAGAACCUGAUCAACAUCACGCUUGAAGCAGAGAAGAAGCAGAGUGAGCUGCUCACGAAGAAGUUAGAGGAAAUGUUACGAGAGCGCGAGGUGCUCAACAAAAUGCUAGUGAAGGCGAAUGACCGUACUCAAGCUACGUUCGACUUGAUGAAGAUCAAGGAGAACACGAUGAAGAACUUGCAGAACGAAAUUAACGGUCUUAAAGCCCAUGUAAAGAAGCAGCGUGCCCAGAUCCAGCAGCUUGUUGGCGAACGCGAAAAAUACGAAAGGGAAGCUGCCAACGCGACGCAAAAGUUCAUGACGUCGUUGGAAGAGGCAAAACUGCAGGAUUUGCAGGUUGUAUCCCUCCAGCAGAAAAUUGUCGAGAGUGAGAGCCGACUGAAACAACAGCAGAAUUUGUACGAAGCGGUCCGUACCGACCGAAAUCUUUACAGUAAGCAGCUCAUUGAGAGUCAAGAGGAGAUCGGAGAUAUGAAGCGCAAGUUUAAGAUUAUGAACCACCAGAUCGAGCAGCUGAAAGAAGAAAUCACAUCCAAAGAUCACGCUCUGGUAAAGGAGCAUUUCGACCACCAUAAAGUGGACAAGGAGAAGGAGAUCCUCAAAAACGAACUACUGCGUAUCAAAAAACAGAUCCAGUCAUCGGAACAGAUCAUCCUAAAUCAAGAACAGGAAGUCACUAAACUAGCGAAGAUCAUUCAAGAAGCAGACGAAGAAAAGCAGAGGCAGAUCAAAGAAUACGGAUGUGUCGUUCAUGAUCGUGAUACUCUGCGUCAGCAGCUUAUCCAGCGUAACGAGGAAUUGAGUGUUCUUUACGAGAAGAUUAAAAUCCAGAAGUCUACAUUAUCAAAGGGAUACUUCCAGUACCAAGAGAAACUGAAAGAAGUCACCAACCUGCAGUCACGAAUUCAUGCUCUCACGCUUGAGAGAGACUCGAGCAACAACCAACUGUCACAUGAAGGUUCACUCAAGCAAGAACUUAUCCGACUAGAAAAGGAAUUACUACAAGAGAAGACUAAAAUCCGAGCUCUUUCAGAAGAGCUCGACCAUCCGUUAAACGUCCAUCGUUGGCGAAAACUUGAGGGUAGCGAUCCGAAGCGUUUCGAGAUGAUUCGGAAGCUUCAGGCGAUGCAGAAGAAGUUGAUUCGUAGGUACGAGGAGACCACUAUCAAGGACCUGCUCAUCUUGGAAAAGGAGAAGCUGUACGUUGAAUUGAAGACUAUUCUAGCACGACAACCCGGUGCAGAGGUUGCAGAGCAGUUGGUGGUUUAUAAGGAAACACUCAAGGGGAAGCAGAACCAGAUGAAGCAGAUGGAGGAGGAACUUCAAAUGUACAAGAUGCAGGUGAACGAGUAUCGUCACGACCUUGGCCUACUGGAGAAGGAGAAACGACAGAUUCAGCAGGAAUGGAUCAAUAGACAGCUGAAAGCGUACAGCAACCAGUUUGGCAACGAGCGAGGAGACGGAAACACUAUGGUGUACGGAGACCCUGCAUCAUACGGCAACCCGGAAGACUGAAGACUAUGCAGCUCAAGUAAUAAUACAUAUCGCUAUCUUGUAUUUCUUGACUUAGUGAACUAUUGAGGGCCACGGGUGCACUGCGCUCGGUAUGUCGGUGCUUCCCAACCAUGAAGGACUGUCAGGUUCACCUGCAAUGCACACAGUGUUAGCACUGUUACUACCAGCAGCAAGCAUCGAUAGUGGUCAAGUUCACCUCGAA